GAAAUAUGGGCGGGGGAGUCUGAGACCUUCAGCCUCGUCUCUAUUCUAGCUCCUUCUUCGCUGCUAUUUCAGCUCCGUGGGCUUCCGUGGGGCGCCGUGCGUUCCUCCCCCCACGGUCACCAUGGUUUGCUCCCCCCUCUCUGACGCUCGUUUGAUUUAACCGUCAUAGGGGGCGAUAAGGUACGUCAUCGCGCAGCUGAAUGUUCAUUGGUUGGGGAGGUAGCCGAGCUAGUCCUGACCAUUAGUCCAACUGUCUCUGUGGGGGUGAGCUGCGGUUCCCGGCUGCGCUAGGGCUGGUGGGGCCUCGCGGGUCGCGCUAGGGAGGCGGGGCCCGGGAAGGAGACAGCGGGCCGCCCCACCCCCCCGUAGCGCUGGUCGCGGCCAGCCGUCGCGAGCCGGUAACGGCGCCUGAGCCCACACUAUGUCCGGCAAGAGUAAGCCCUUGUCUAGCUGCAGCUGCCCGGAGCUGGCCGCGGGGCAGCGAGUCGGAGCGGGCGGCCGAGGUGCUGCAGCCCGACUGCCCCAGGAGGAGUCUGAGGCGCAAGGACGGGGCCGCAGGGCUCACCCCAGCCUGGGCGACCCUGCCAUUGUCAAGUCCCCCAGUGACCCCAAGCACUACAGGUAUCUCAUGUUACAAAAUGGCUUGUGUGCACUGCUGAUUUCGGAUGCAAAUAACAUGGAUAGUGUUCCUUCGGAGGAGUCUUCGGAAUGGGAGGAUAAUGAUGAGACCGAGAUUGAAACUGAUGAAGAUGAUGACUCAGGAGCAGAGAUGGAUGAGGACAAGGAAAAUUAUGAGGAUGAUGACAAUGAUGGAGAUGAUGAGGAGGAUCCCAAUAAUUCUGAUGAUAUGGAAAUGGAAGAACUAACAGAAAAGGAAGAAGCAAAGAAGAGAAGUGGUACAGAGAAGCUGUCUGCAGCUGCUCUUUGUGUUGCUGUUGGGAGUUUCUGUGAUCCUGAGGAUCUGCCUGGGUUGGCACAUUUUCUGGAGCACAUGGUAUUUAUGGGCAGUUUGAAGUAUCCAGAUGAGAAUGGGUUUGACGCAUUCCUGAAGAAACAUGGGGGCAGUGACAACGCUUCAACUGACUGUGAACGGACAGUCUUCCAUUUUGAUAUCCAGCAGAAAUACUUCAAAGAAGCACUUGAUAGGUGGGCACAGUUCUUCAUUCACCCACUAAUGAUCAGGGAUGCAAUUGACCGGGAAGUUGAGGCUGUCGAUAGUGAAUAUCAACUAGCAAGGCCCUCUGAUGCAAACAGGAGGGAGCUGCUACUUGGAAGCCUUGCCAGACCUGGGCAUCCAAUGAAGAAGUUUUUCUGGGGUAAUGCAGAGACACUAAAGCAUGAGCCUAAAAAGAGUAAUACUGAUAUCUACACCAGACUGAGGGAUUUUUGGCAGCACUAUUACUCUGCUCACUAUAUGAACGUAGUUGUCCAGUCUAAAGAAACGUUGGACACUUUGGAGAAGUGGGUGAAGGAAAUCUUUUCACAGAUUCCAAAUAAUGGUUUACCCAAACCGAACUUUGACCAUCUGACACAGCCUUUUGACACACCUGAAUUUUACAAGCUUUACAGGGUUGUUCCAAUCAGAAAUGUUCAUUCACUGAGCAUUGCCUGGGGACUACCACCACAGGAGAGACAUUACAGGGUGAAGCCACUUCACUAUAUCUCCUGGCUGGUAGGACAUGAAGGCAAAGGCAGUGUUCUUUCCUUUCUUCGGAAAAAAUUUUGGGCUCUUGCGUUAUAUGGGGGAAAUGGUGAGACAGGAUUUGAACAGAACUCCACCUACUCUAUAUUCAGCAUUUCUGUGACUUUGACUGAUGAAGGUUACGAGCACUUCUAUGAGGUUGCGCAUGUUGUAUUCCAGUAUCUGAAAAUGUUGCAGAAAAGAGGGCCAGAUAAAAGAAUUUGGGAAGAGAUUCAGAAGAUUGAAGCUAAUGAAUUUUAUUUCCAGGAUCAGGCUGAUCCAAUUGAUUAUGUUGAAAGUCUUUGUGAGAACAUACAUAUCUUUUGUAAGGAGGACUUUUUGACGGGCGAUCAGCUCCUGCUGGAAUACAAGCCUGAAAUCAUUGCUGAUGUCCUUAACCAGCUCUGCCCUCUGAGAGCAAACCUUGUUCUGUUGUCUGCUGCCAGUGAAAGAAAAUGUCAUCUAAAGGAGAGAUGGUUUGGGACACAGUACAGUGUGGAAGAUAUUGACAAAUCUUGGAGUGAUUUAUGGGCUAGUGACUUUCAGUUAAAUCAGGACCUGCACUUACCUGAAGAAAACAAAUAUAUAGCCACUGACUUCUCUCUGAAGGCAUCUGAUUGGCCUGACACGGAGCACCCAGUCAAAAUUCUGAGUACACACCACGGCUGUGUGUGGUACAAGAAGGACAAUAAAUUCAAAAUCCCCAAAGCUUACAUACGUUUCCAUCUGAUCUCCCCACUGAUACAGCAGUCUGCAAAGAGUGUGGUACUUUUUGAGACUUUUGUAAAUAUCCUUUCUCACAACCUUGCUGAACCGGCAUAUGAAGCUGAUGUUGCUCAGUUGGAAUAUAAACUGGUAUCUGGAGAGCAUGGUUUGGUCAUUCGAGUGAAAGGAUUCAAUCAUAAACUACCUCUGCUAUUUCAGCUCAUCAUUGACCAGUUGUCUGACUUCAGUUUUACUCCAGCGGUUUUUGAGAUGAUAACAGAGCAGCUAAAAAAGACUUACUUUAAUAUUCUGAUCAAGCCAGAGAUACUGGCCAAAGAUGUGCGUUCUUUAAUUUUGGAGCAUGGCAAGUGGUCUAUGAUAGAUAGAUACAGGAGAUUAAUGAAGGGCCUUUACGCUGAGUCGCUCUCAUCCUUUGUUAAGGGUUUCAAAUCACAUCUAUAUGUGGAGGGGCUAGUGCAAGGAAACUUCACAAGCAGAGAAUCAAAGGAUUUUCUGAAUUAUGUUAUUCUAAAGCUGCAGUUCCUUCCUUUGCCACACCCAUGUCCUGUUCAAUUUCGGGUGGUAGACCUGCCAAACACACACCUACUCUGCAAGGUGAAAACCCUUAACAGAGGUGAUGCCAACUCUGAAGUGACAGUCUAUUAUCAGUCUGGGGCUAGGAGUUUAAGAGAAUACACCCUUAUGGAGCUGCUUGUGAUGCACAUGGAGGAGCCUUGCUUCAACUUCCUGCGAACGAAGCAAACCCUUGGCUACCAUGUGUACCCUACAUGUAGAAAUACAUCUGGGAUUCUUGGGUUCUCUGUUACCGUAACCACACAAGCAACCAAGAACAACUCUGAAUUUGUUGACAAGAAAAUAGAAGAAUUUCUUUUGUACUUUGAGGGGAAAAUGAGGCUUUUAACUGAAAAAGCAUUCAGGACUCAGGUCAGUGCUCUAAUACAUAUUAAAGAAUGUGAAGAUUCCUAUCUUGGAGAAGAGGUGGAUAGAAAUUGGAAUGAAAUAAUGACUCAGCAGUAUCUUUUUGACAGACUUGCCCAUGAGGUUGAAGCACUACGGUCAGUAACUAAGUCAGACCUAGUUGACUGGUUCCAAGCUCAUAGAGGCAAAGAGAGGAAAGCACUCAGUAUACAUGUGGUUGGAUUUGGCAAACAAGAAGGCGACUCAGAUGUUCAACAGUCCUUACUUGGGGAAAUAUAUCAACUCACAUUCUUACCCCCUUCCUCCUAUAUGAAGAAUACCAGUUACAUCAGGGACAUUAGAAAUUUCACAUUAACACUUAACCUCCUCCCUUACCACAAGAUAUUAAAAUAAAUUAUAGUUGUUUUCCCCUGCAUUUAAGUGUAGUUUAAGUAAUUUUCAGUUUGAGAACACUGAAUCAUUUAGCCUCACUAAAUGAAUUUGUAUUGUCAGCAGCGGUAGCUGAGUUCUUCCCUUAUUUUAAUGAAGCUUUGUAGCAUUGUACAUCCACUUUGCUCUCUCCCACUCCUUCUCUGAAAUCUGAAACAAAUUUAUUUUUAACAGUUGUUAAUGGAAAGUAUAACUCCUGUCCCCAUUCUUAACAUACUUCAAGUCAUUUUCCCUCCCUUGGUUUUUAUUGCGUUCUUAUUGUAUUCAAGACAACAUGCUAUGUAAACUUAAAACAUUAAUAAUCUAGUCUUUAUAUUUUAGACACACUAUUUCAGAGAUCUCUUUGAACUUUUCAUUACUCUGCAAAGGUACUUGUAAGAGCCUUAAAGAGAUACUGCACCAUAUCAGCAAAUUUCCGUACUUAAAACUUGCCUUCAAACAGCUUUUUAACCAGUGGGCCGUCUCACAGUCCAGAAUAGCCUCCAUCCACUUUUGCACUAGUCACGCACUCAACACAUCCCGGCACCAGUGGCUGCACAGGAGGGCAGCAUAGGACCAUCUGCGCUGCUGGCGCAAUUCCCAGAGGGUAUUUUGGCCUCCAUUAUGCUAUGAGAGCAGCAUAAAGGGAUCAUAAUGGCACCUUGUGAAAUAAU